AUGACAGCGGAAGAGAUGAAGACAGAGCAGGGACCCCAGGAGAUCCCCGUGGAGGGGAUGGACAUCAGCCCAAAGGGUGAUCAGGGUGUGCUAAAGCAAAUGAAGAAAGAAGGCAGCGGGACAGAGAAUCCGAUGAUUGGGGAUAAAGUCAGCGUCCACUACACUGGCUGGCUGCCUGAUGGGACCAAGUUUGACUCCAGCAGAGACAGAAAGGACAAGUUCACCUUUGACCUGGGGAAAGGUCAGGUGAUUAAAGCGUGGGACAUUGCUGUGGCCACCAUGAAGGUUGGAGAGAUCUGUCAGGUUACCUGUAAGCCAGAGUAUGCCUAUGGAGCAUCAGGGAGUCCUCCCAAAAUUCCACCAAAUGCUACUCUCAUCUUUGAGAUUGAGCUUUUUGACUUCCAAGGUGAAGAUCUGUCAACAGAAGAAGAUGGCGGUAUUAUUCGUAGAAUUCGAGUGAAGGGCGAAGGAUAUUCCAAACCCAAUGAGGGCUCCGUGGUGGAAUUGAAGCUGCAAGGAACCCACAAUGGGCACGUGUUUGAUGAACGGGAGCUGCAGUUUGAAGUUGGGGAAGGAGAGAGCCUCAGGAUUCCCCCUGGAGUGGAAACUGCAUUGCAGCAGAUGGAGAAAGGAGAAGAAGCUGUGCUCUACCUGAAACCAAAAUACGGUUUUGACAGUACAGGCUAUGAGCCGUUUCAAAUCCCACCCAAUGCCGAGCUGAAGUAUGAAAUCAAACUGAAAAGCUUUGAGAAGGCCAAAGAAUCAUGGGAGAUGAAUACUGAUGAAAAGUUGGAGCAGGGAGUUCUGGUCAAGGAAAGAGGAACACAAUAUUUCAAGGCAGGGAAGUUCCGCCAAGCUGUCAUCCAGUACAAGAAGAUUGUUCAGUGGCUGGAACACGAGAGUGGGUUGUCAGAUGAAGAGAGCGCAAAAUCAAAAUCCCUGCUUUUGGCGGCAUUCCUGAACCUGGCUGCCUGUUACCUGAAGCUGGUUGAGUAUAGGCAGGCACUGGAACAUUGUAACAAGGCACUAGAAUUUGAACCCAACAACGAGAAAGGAUUGUUCCGCCGGGGCGAAUCCUACAUGGGAGUGAAUGAACAUGAGCUAGCAAGGGAUGACUUCGCUAAGGUGAUCCAGCUUUACCCCAAUAACAAGGCAGCGCGAACGCAGAUCGCCCAGUGCCAGCAGCGUAUCAGGGAGCAACACCAGCGGGAAAAGAAGAUCUAUGCCAACAUGUUCCAGAGGCUGGCAGAGAAAGAGGAAAAGGUGAGAGAGCGGGCAUUGCGGUUGGAGGGAAACAUUUUAAGUGAAAAAGUAUUCCUUUAA